AUGGGGUGUAUUUUAAAUAGGGGGUGUAACUUGACAAACUCUUUGCUCAUUGGCUCUUCCAACUCUCAACAUUCACAUCAUUCACCAGUUGCUUCAGCUUCAUCAACUUCUGACUUGACACCUUUAUUUAGCGAUGACUUUAUUUCAAUAAAUUCAAGUUCAGAAAGUUCUUCACCUACAAGUCCCCCACCCGGUCAAUCACAACAAAAUCAUCGUCAUCAUCAUCAUAACAAUAACCAUAUUUAUGGUCAUACCCAUAAAGGAGAACUUCAACGUCAUCUAAGUUUCUCUGAAAAGUUGUCAACAAAAGUGGAUAACCACUCUUCCUUAUUUCAUCAAAAUAAUAACCGUCCAAAUGUAAUCAUUCAACAACAAUCUUCGUCUUCGUCCUCUUCAACUUCUUCAGUACACCGUCCUGUCCCUUUACGUCUAUCUAGCCCACAGGCACCCACCACUCUUCUACCUACAGCUUUGGGCUCUGCUUUGGCUAAUUUGCCCUCUUUGGGAAGCUGUCCAAAUUCUUCCCUAUUACAAACUCAAACAGCUCCUUCAUUGGCAUCUUUAGCCUUUUCGUUGGGCCAUAGUGCCUUUCUUCGUCCAACUUCCACAUCUUCCAAUAUUUUGUCCUGUAAUAAUUUUUCAACAACAACAACUUCAUCCUUGGGAACUUCUUUAUUUUCUUCUUCUACACCUUCACUUCCUUUUACUCAUCAAAACAACCCUAUUCCUUCCAAUAACUUCCCUUCAGUCUCCUCUACAGCUAUGGAUAGUCUUCACAAUUUAAUAUGGUCAAGACGUUUAGCACUUGCAGCAGUACAACAGCAACAGCAACAACAAUUUGGAAAUUGGUUACAGACUAGUGGACUAACUGCUACCAAUAAUGGCAAUACAUCUAACAAUUCUGCCACCCCCUUAACUACCCAUUUACUUAAUUUACAAGCUAUUGUUGCCCCAACAAAUAAUCCAAAUUCUUCGUUGAAUCAAAAUGGAGGAGGAAUAGCUAAUGUAGGGGGAGGAGGAGGACGGGCUGCAGCUGAACAACAUUUAAUUCCAGCUUUAGGCUGUACAGCGGUGGCGUCAGUACCGUCGAUAUUACCCUCUCGCAACAAUAAUGGUAGGUUUGAUUUGAAUAUGAAUACACGGGAUUUUGGGAAGAGUAUUUUUCUGUGGAUUUUAUCACUCUCUUCAUCCCAACAACACACUAAUAAACAACAAAACAUCCAUCAAACUCGAUCCUUAGCACAAUCCCCAUCAUCACUCUUUGCUGCUGUAGCUGCAAUGUUGCCUCAACAACAACAACAACAAAAUCGACAAGAUAACGAAAAUAAUUACAUUCGUCACCAACAACAAUUCCCUCAUCAAACUCCCCAUAUACGUCGUCCUCCUAUAAAUAAUGGUGGAUUAUUAACAGAAAUGAGAAGCGGGGAUUUAAUAAAUAUUGGUCGAUCAACAACAACAACCAACCAAGCAACUUCGAUUCAAUCAACUUCAAUUCCUCCUACAGAAGGAAUUUCUUCUUCCUUUGCUGUAGCAGCUGAACUUAGACAAUCUUUGCAGGCAUAUCAAGCUGCGUUGGUUGCGGCUGCUGAACGUGUUGCCCGUAAUGAAGAAGGUGGAGGAGGAGGAGUAGAAAGAAGAUUUUGGCAUUCACAACAAGUAGAUGGAAGGACGCGUUAUGAGUGUAAGGAAUGUUCAAAACCUUUUGGUCAGUUGUCAAACUUAAAAGUCCAUUUACGAACACAUACUGGAGAAAGGCCUUAUAAAUGUAGUAAAUGCAAUAAAGGAUUCACUCAAUUGGCACAUUUACAAAAACACGAUUUGGUGCAUACCGGGGAAAAGCCUCACCGUUGUGAGGUCUGUGACAAACGUUUCUCUUCUACUAGCAAUUUAAAAACACAUCUUCGCUUACAUAAUGGACAACGCCCUUAUAGGUGGGUUAAGAGUUCUUGUAUUUUUACUUUAUUAGAAUUGUCUUUGUAUUUUUUAAAAUUUGUGUUUUCUCAAGAACGUCCAUUUAUUUGUACUUCAUGUGGCCGUAACUAUAUUAGCCCUAGCGGUUUGCGCACUCAUUGGAAGAAUACUGCUUGCCGUCCACUUGCUAACGAACUAAAUUAUUUACAAAAUUAUGUUGAUGGUUUGGCUGGGGCGGGUACUGGGGAACGUUAUUGCCCUUCAACAGCUUCUAAUGUUAGGGUUUUGAGCCCAUCAAAUAUGGAGAUGGAAAGACAACAAGAAGAAUAUGAAGAAAAUUGUAGUGUUAAUGAGGAAGGAUUAUUUAUGAAAGGUGAAAUUGAGGAGGAGACUAGUGUGGGGGAAAAUGAGGAAGAAAUUAUAAAUGUGGUAAUUUUAAAAAUACAAAAUAAAUACAAAUUGUUAUAG